GUGAUUUUGAUAGCUAAACUAAGCCAUCCAUAUCUUUUAGAGUACAAAGAUGCUUGGGUGGACAAGGUAUCUGGCACACCAAACGACAUGUGCCCUGAGCUCCUUGACGGCAUACCCUAUGGCUAUAAAUCUGAUAUAUGGUCGCUUGGAUACUGUAUGUUUGACAUUGCUGCACAUCGACCCCCGUUUAAAGCUUCUGACAAAACUGGACUUAUCAACAAAAUAAACCGGGGUUUGUUCUCACCACUUCCGAUUAUAUACUCCUCCACCUUGAAACAGAUAAUAAAAAGCAUGCUAAGGAAAACUCCAGGACACCGACCUACAGCUGCUGAGCUGUUGAGACAUCAACAUUUGCAACCAUACCUCCUCUUGUGUCACAACCCUUCAUCUGCGUUUCUUCCUGUGAAGUCCCCGAGCAGAACGAAAGAGAAAACACGACCAUCACCUGGAAAAUCUAUCAGUCCGAGAGGUAGCAGAGACAGGCAGUUGAAGCUAAAAGAGAAGAGAACUGUCCUUUACUUUGACGAAAGUGAUAACAUUCAGCCAAGAAACUUAUCUGACAAUUAUAACACGUUCCGAGACAAACUUGACACUAAGAGAGUUGAUCCAACAAGCUACUGGGUUAGGAUCUCUCAAGAUAGUGAGGAUUCUAAAAUUGGGGAGAUGAGUGAGGCAGCUGUUUGCAAUGGAUAUGAUCAACAGGAGACUAUCUCACAAACAGAAACUACGAUCACUCCAAGCUCGUCAUGUUCAAGGGCAAAAACAUGGUCCGAGGAACAAGAGCAUGUUUCUCCGGGGCAUGUUAGUCGAUUUGACGAGGGUGAUAUGAAGAAUAACAAGACAAAAGAACUUUAGGUGUUGAGCAGUCCACUGGACCAUGAGGAAGCAGAUAUAGUGGAAUGUAUCUCCGCAAAAUCUAGCAGAAUGACAUUGUCUGAUGGAAGAUUCAACGAUAAAACACGAUCCUUCGAUGAAGAAAGCACUUCAUCUAAUUCACAGUCGGCAAAACCAGAUCCAGAGGCAGCACCAAGAUGCUGUGUUGCUGAAACUGAAAAUGGUAGCGAGUGUAGAGAAGUUGCUAUUGACUGCUUGUCAACUGAAAGCAAUGGUUCACUUCUACACAAAGACGAGCUAGAAAAGAAAGCAACCGCGGUUUAUGACACCAAACAGGCUAAGAAAGACGCUCUUCGAGCACUGGAUGAUAAGGUUUUGCAGCUCAAGUCACUAGCCGCAUUAGAUCGUAAGGAGGACAAAGACGACUGGGGUAAUCCCACUGAACAAAGAGCUGAAGCUUUAGAGUCUCUUUUGGAGGUUUGUGCGCGACUACUUAAGUAGGCAAAAAUCGAUGAGCUUGCUGGUGUGCUGAAACCAUUUGGGGAUGAUGGAAUGUCGUCUAGAGAAACAGCAAUCUUGUUAACAAAAAGUCUCAUGACUGCAAAAAAGUUGUGCAAGGGGUCGUGAUGUUGCACAAAACCUGUCAUUUGACAUAUAGAACGAGCCUCUGUCUUACGUAAAUCAUCACGUAUUAUUGGACUAAACUAUUCCUCGAGGCUUAACGUGGUUGAGCAUCCCUUAGUUUUGAUUCAAUUGUUGUAGGACAGUUGAUGGAGCUGUGAAGAUUAUAUAUAAUGUACUUUUAAAGUUGAUUUCUACUCUAUGAUGAUACUUACCACAUUUUCUACUGUUA